GAGCACUCGGGCACUGCCUGGGGGCCCGGGGUCAGUAGGGGGCCCCAUGAGAUGCCCCUGGUACAGGGGCGGAUGACCAUUUGGAUACUCGGGCACUGCCUGAGGGCCCGAGGUCAGUAGGGGGCCCCAUGAGAUGCCCCUGGUACAGGGGCGGAUUGAGCAUUUGGAAACUCGGGCACUGCCCGAGGGCCCGGGGUCUGAAGGGGGCCCCAUGAGAUGCCCCUGGUACCUUUUUCAUAGGCUUUUUUUGAGUUUGGGCAAGGACACAGGGGCCCCA